GCGUCAGGAGGAGCAGAAAAACACGCGCAGGCAGCGGAGCAGCGGAGGCGGAGGUGUUCCCGGAUCACACACACACAACCAGGCUGAGUCCUGCGGUCCGCACAGACCCGUCACCGACCCGUCUCAUCCGGUCCGAAGACAUCAACAACAGAACCGACGCAUCCGCCGGGAUGGAGAGCCGCCGCUGACGGAGAUCCCCGAGCUGCCCGGGAACAACAGGUCUCAAGUCCACUGAGUCCAUCUUCACCUCCAAAAUCUUGAAGCAACGGUCAAAGAGCUGGAGCCGAGACGAUCAAGCAUGGAUGUGCCCAGGAUGGCUGAGGGCCUCUUCAGCAGCACGCUGUCCUCGUCAGGCGGCGGCCAUCACGUGCCUUCCUACCUGACGCUGGAGCAGAAGGCCGCUUUUGUCUUCGUGCUGCUGCUCUUCAUCUUCCUGGCCCUCCUCAUCGUGCGCUGUUUCCGCAUCCUGCUGGACCCGUACCGCAGCAUGCCGUCGUCCAACUGGACAGACCACACCGAGAAGGACACGUUUGAUUACCGCAUCGUCUGAGGAGCCGACAGGAAAAACAAAUGACUGCAGAUUCACCAGGAAACAUCAGCUUUCAGGAAAACUCUGAAGGUUUGACUGAAAGAAUUUUGACGGCAGAUGGUCAUCGAGAUGAUCGUUAACAGCUUCUCCCUGCCAAAUCUGAAACUUCUCAAUCAGAACAAGACGAGCAGAACUGUGCCAUGAAGAUUAUCCAUCGCUCCCCUCCAUCAGUUCUCCGGUGGACUACCUCGAGCCUCCUCCAUCUCACACAGGGUCCCGUCUCUUUCUACGGAUUUUAACAGUGUUUACAUCUUUUCAUGUUUACGUCCUAGCUUUUUAUUGAUGAUGUAGACAAUCAGUGUUGUCGAGGUCUAUAGGUUUUCUUUGUGGACAGACAGCAGAGAGUUUGUGGGACUGAGGGAUUUGAUGCCUUAUGUCUUUGAGAGAAACAAUCGGAGAGACGGAGGAAGAGUUUUCCCUUUAAUGAAAGGUUGGGACAGGAAGCUGCCAGCAGCCAGGAACUCAAACUGUUCUGUGUGUGCGAUAAAAAACUGUGUCCUUUCAGUGUUGGACGGGCCAUCAGUGUCCCCGUCUUUUAGAUGUCAACAACCAAAAGAGGUGUAGAAGAACCAAGCGUUUACUGUGCUGUACCGUGUGCCUCAUUUCAAACUAACAGAUGUGUUUUAGAACAGAUGACGAUGACGUGAGUUCAGAUUUUGUCUUUAAUGUGUUUUUUUGUGUCGUGCCCGUUUAAAGGAACCCAAACAGCAUUUUACUGCCUGCAGUCGGUGUAUUGACAGUUGGUAUGCCAGACCUGCAGAGAGGUGAUGAUGAGGAUGAUGAUGAUGAUGAUGAUGAUGCAUCUUCAUCAUCAGACCCUUUACAAACUGAUGUGGUGGCUCUUUGUUGGGCAAAUUUUCAACUGUGCGCCUUAUCGUGUAGAUUGUUUACAGUAUCGUAGGUAGCGGAGACGCUGGAAUCAGCCGCUCACUGAUGCGACUGUGUCUUUGCACUUCACGGAGAUGUCAAACAACCGAUUAAAAGAAGAAGAAAAAGAAAAAUGUUUCCUGCUCUUGUUCCUGCCAGGACAGGAAGUGAGCUCUUUGGACGGCGUGUGAUGUUGUUGUGAUCUGCCGUGGCCUUUUCCUUCCUAUCGCAGACGUUGUGCUGAGGUGAUGUGUUUCCUCCUGCAUGUGUCCUCUCUGCAUGAUCAAUGGUGAAGUGCUUUAAUCCUCAUGUGUUAGCCGUGGCUCGGCUGCUCGAGCAGCUGUUUCCUGUCUGUACGGAGCCUUUUCUUUCAACCUGUUUCUGCCCUUCUUUUUCUAUUAAAAAUGAUCCAGAGCAC